AUGGCGUCGAUUGUUUUUUCUCACGUCAAAAGGAUUGAUCAUUUCCAUUUACUCCCCUCCCACGAUCUCCAAUUCGAUAUGUCGACAUUUUCUCAGAACGAUGUAGAUCCCCUUCCAGCCGUGUUCCUCCGUUUCUGGGAGGCGAGGAAUGUGAAACGCGGCGGUGAGCGUGUUUGGUUGACUUGCUUCUGGUUGAUGUUAAUAGGAUUUGUUCAAGAGAGAGUAUGUGAGGCUGGUGUGAUGUUAUCUGAGGGAAAAGAAGACAGUGACGAUGAGGAUGAUAAUGAUGUGUUAUUGACAUGGGAUAAGAACGAGGAAGUUUGA